GAAAAAUGGCUAAAGAAGUCAUCCUCAUGCUAUUCCUUAACCUCCUUGUUCUUGCAAUUCUUUCAUCUCUCCCGACAUCCUCCGCCGCCCCGCGGUGGGAGAUCGUGCAGCCGAUGUGCUCCAAUAACAUCGUACAAAACGCCUCACUCUACGUCCCAAACUUCGUCGCCACCAUGGAAAACAUAAGCCUUCAGGUGCGAAAAUCGGGCUUCGGGCUAGCCGUAACGGGCUCCGGGCCGCUUACGAACUACGGCUUAGCUCAAUGCUACGGCGAUCUCUCCCCGACCGAUUGCGUCCUCUGCUACGCCGCCGCGCGCAGCGCUCUGCCUCAGUGCUUCCCGAGCCUCGGCGGGAGGAUAUACCUCGACGGCUGCUUCAUGCGCGACGAGAAUUACGAUUUCUUUCAGGAGUACGCCGGUCCGAACGAUCAUGCGCUGUGCGAGAAUCGGACAGUCGAUGACUCAGCAUUCCGGGACGCAGCACGACGGGCUCUGUCCCGAGCGGUUCUAAAGGCGCCUGGUAAUGACGGAUAUGCGCGAGUGGAGACGAAAAAAAUGACGGUCGCGUCUAGAAAUGAGUCGGUUUAUGUUUUGGCCAACUGUUGGAAGAAUUUGAAUGCGAGCGCUUGCAGUGCAUGUUUGAGGAAUGCGUUUGCAUCGCUUUUGGGAUGCCUGCCGCGGUCGGGAGGCAGGGCAGUUAACGUCGGGUGCUUUGUCAGAUACUCGGACAUUAAUUUCCUUAAUCCUGUCUUAGCAAAAGGCCGGGGUUCGAGAGCAAAAAUUGUUACAGCUGUUGUUGUUAGUUCUGCCGCUGUUUUGAUCAUCGGAGCAGCCAUCGGACUUUAUGUCUGGAAACAAUGUGCGAUUCAAACUAAGCGUAGAGGUUCGGGUGAUGUUGAGAAAUUAGAGAAAGAACUAACAAAAAGCGGCCUGAACUUCAAGUACUCGGUCCUCGAAAUGGCAACCUCAUCCUUCGACGGCUCCAACAAGCUCGGACAAGGUGAAUUUGGCACCAUGUAUAAGGGACUAUUGCAAGAUGGUCGAGACAUAGCCGUCAAGAGGCUAUUCUUCAACAACAAACACAGGGCUAAAGAUUUCUACAAAGAAGUUAAAAUCGUCAGCGGUGUCGAGCACAAAAAUCUCAUCCGCCUGUUGGGCUGCAGCUGCUCGGGACCUGAAACGUUGUUAGUUUACGAGUUUCUGCCGAACAAGAGCCUCGAUUGCUAUAUAUUCGAUGCUAUCAAAGGGAAGGCUUUGAAUUGGGGAAAAAGAUUCGAAAUAAUAAUAGGGACAGCAGAAGGACUGGUGUACCUGCACGAGAACACCAAAGCUCAAAUCAUUCACCGCAAUGUAAAGGCGAGUAAUAUCCUCCUGGACUCACGAUUUCGCCCAAAAAUAGCCGAUUUUGGGCUGGUAAGAUCGGAUAAAAGCCACAUCAUCACAGUCAUUGCCGGAACAUUAGGGUACAUGGCACCUGAAUACUUUGCCCACGGCCAGUUGACAGAAAAAGUCGACGUAUACAGCUUUGGGGUUCUUGUGCUCGAAAUUGUCUCCGGCAAGAAGAGUAGCCAGAGCAAAAACACAGAGUAUGGAGACAGCUUGAUAACAACUGCAUGGAAGCAUUUCCAGCUGGGGACAAUCGAAGAAAUCAUCGACCCGAACUUGACAGCGCAUAACUACCGAAACAUGAAAGUCGAAGAUGAGAUUCUUCGAGCUUUUCAUGUGGGGCUGCUGUGCACACAAGAAAUCUCUUCCCUACGGCCAUCAAUGUCGCGGGCGCUCCAGAUGCUGGCGAAUAAAGAAGUACAACUCCCGGCGCCGUCAAAUCCGCCAUUCUUGGAUGAAAGCACAAUGGAACUCCAUGGCAUUGCUCAAAAUUACAAAGCAUCACCAGACGAGCAAGGGAACAUGGCUUCGAAUCAAUUACAACUUACAUCUGAUCUAAGGAUCUGAAUUCAUUUUUAUCACAUGAUUGGCUUCGAAAACAUCGUAACAAAUACUUAUGCGAUAAUAUAUUUUUGUUACCUAGCCAGCUAGCUUUCAAUUCAUAACAAAUGAGAAG